GACAAAGAGGAGCCAAACGUAAACACCCUGGAGUUUCGGGCCGCAGGCUUCGGGGGAGCUCCAAGUCUUGGUGGAUUCUUGCAGGGAAUAGGAGUCCGGGAGGCGGCAGACCAGUCCGACGGAGAGCGGGUAGGCGGAUAGCAGGGCGGCUGUUUGCCGGGAGUGGGCUCAGUUGGCCGCACUGGUGACGUAUGGACGCGCGCGCCAGGGGCGCAUGCGCAAGCGGAGGGACGGCGGGCAGCGAGGAGUGGUCAGAGGUACCUACCGCUUCGGCCGCGGACGCCAAGGGCUGAAGGCGAGGCUGGGCCGCGAACCUCCCCGGGCCUCUCUACAACGCGGUCUCAGUCGCGGAGGGCGGCUGAGAGGACCGAACGGGUCACGUGUGCAGAGCGCAUGCGCCCGGCUCCCAGCCCCCUUGACCCUUCAUGUAGGUGUGAUCAGCAUUGGAAAAGAUGCCAGCCCCAGCUGCCACAUAUGAAAGAAUAGUUUACAAAAAUCCCUCUGAGCAUCACUACAUGAAAGUCCACCUAGAAUUUCAAGAUCAUGGCAUUGGACUGAAUGCUGCACAGUUCAAACAGCUGCUUAUUUCAGCCCUGAAGGACCUGUUUGGAGAGGUUGAUGCUGCUUUACCCUUGGACAUUCUAACCUAUGAGGAGAAGACCUUGUCAGCCAUCUUGAGAAUAUGCAGCAGUGGUCUUGUCAAAUUAUGGAGCUCUUUGACCCUGUUAGGAUCCUAUAAAGGCAAGAAAUGUGCUUUCAGAGUGAUUCAGGUUUCUCCAUUUCUCCUUGCAUUAUCUGGUAACAGUAGAGAACUAGUAUUGAAUUGAAUAGUCUUCAAUUUCAGAAGUAUUCCUCACUCUCAAAAGUACAUUUUGGUGCCAGCAUAAUGUUUGAAGACUGAAGCAGCCUAAAAGCUCCUGUUGAUGGAAU